UAAAUCUUUCUUGCGACGAUGGAUAAAAGAAAGAAAGAGAGAGAGAGAAAAAAAAGAAAGGAAAAAAAAAAAGGAGAAAAAGAAUGGAAAAAUUCUUCUCUAUUUACGAAGGACACUUCGUCGUGAUCAGUAUUCACAUAGUGCACCACGAACAUAGAGGAAGAUACGAAGAAGAAUAAAUAAAAGAAAGGAAGAAACAAAAAAAAAAAAAAGAAUAUACACAAAUUAGGCGAAAGAAGAAGAAGAAAAAGAAAAGAAAAGAAAAGAAGUGUAAAAUAUCGUAGAUAAUGAUGUUAACAGAAAAUUCGAUAAGUGGUCCGAUAGAAUUUGGUUUACGUUUGAUCGGUCUUUGGCCAAAUUAUACUUACGCGAUAUUUCAUAGAAUUUUUUGGACUAUGACUAUGAUAUUUGUUCUUUUUUCCGAAUACGUAUACGUGGUGAUGCAUAUUAAAACUGACGAGCUGCCUGAUCUCAUGGAUUCAUUGACUAUCACGUUGUCCAAUAGUUUACUAUUUAUUAAACUUAUAAUACUUUGGUUCAAUGAUCGAAUUUUCGAGGAUAUUUUAAUAAUGAUAAUAGAAGAUUACAAGAACAAUGACGAAAGAAAUAAUCGUGAAAGAAUGAAGAAGAAAGUUAUUCUCUCUCAACGUUUCGCAAGUUGUACAAUUAUAUUAUAUUCGACAACGGUUAUAUUAUUUUCGAUAUCCGUAAUUUUUGCAUCUGAGAGAGUACCAGUACUUAAGAUGGAAUUACCAUUCGACUCAAUGAAAUCACCGAUUUACGAGAUAGUAUCAAUAUUACAAUUUAUACAAGAAUUAAUAUUUGCCUCGACUUCGGGUCUAUUGAAUGGUUUGAUCGUGACCUUGAUGCUUCAUCUUGGUGGACAAGCAGAAAUCAUGUGUCAAAGACUCGGCGAUAUCUCAUUGGAAAUAAUCAAUGGAAAAUCUUGCAAGGAUAAUUUGGGAUCGUUGAUCUAUGCACAUCAAAGGAUUAUUAAUUUUUCUACUUGCGUCGAAAGUGUAUUCAAUUAUAUCGCUUUGAUACAAUUCCUAUCGAAUACUUUGGCCAUUUGUUUUUCUGGAUUCGUGAUAAUAACGUCCUUCGACUCCGAUCAAGGCUCAGUAAUAUUGGCAAAGACUUUACCAUACUACACUGUGGUCAAUUUGGAAGCGUUCAUUCUUUGUUUCGCUGGCGAAUAUCUCACCUCGAAGGGAAAAGCUAUCGGUGAAGCCGCAUACACGUGCACUUGGUACGAACUAAGGCCGAAUGAAAGCCGAUAUUUCUUGCUUUUGAUACUGAGAUCUCAGAAAAGAUUGACGAUCACUAUCGGAAAAUUCAUGGAUUUAUCUUUGGAAUGUUUCGCCAGUAUACUACAUACAGGCGGGCAAAUUGAAAUAAUGUGUCAGACAAUCGAGGAAUUAAUGAAUAAGAUCGACAACGAACAUGGCACUUAUUUGAAUGUAUUGAAAAAAUUGAUCGUCAAACACGACAGAAUUAUAUUGUUUUCCGUUUAUAUCGAAGAAUUGUUUACUUAUAUUGCUCUGUUGCAAUUUUUUUCUAAUACCAUGGCCAUUUGUUUCUCGGGAUUUGUUAUUAUGACGAUAUUACACGUUGGCGGACAGAUAGAUGUGAUGUGUCAAGAGAUAGAGGACAUGUUCGAUCAAUUUCAACAGGACGAAACGUCACGUUUGAUAACGUUGAAAUAUUUGAUAUUUAAACACGAUAGAAUAAUAUUGUUUUCGAGUUACAUAGAAGAUAUAUUCACUUAUAUAGCCUUGUUACAAUUUCUUUCUAAUACCAUGGCCAUAUGUUUCUCGGGAUUUGUUAUAAUGAUCUCUAUGGACACUAACGAGGCCGGUGCUGUAUUAGGAAAAACUGUUCCAUAUUAUAUGAUGAUUAACAUUGAAGCUUUUAUUCUGUGUUAUAUCGGUGAAUAUCUCAGUUCAAAGAGCCUAACUAUCGGAGUAGCAGCAUACAAUUUUCAAUGGUACGAAUUAAAUCCUAAAGAGAGUAAAUACAUCUUGUUGUUGAUAUUACGAGGACAAAAAAAAUUGACCAUCACUAUUGGCAAAUUUUUGGAUUUGUCUUUGGAAAGUUUUGCCAGUAUCUUGAAAGCUUCGGCAUCUUAUGCAUCGGUGUUACACGCGAUUCCGAUAAAUCGACUGGUAGAGUACAGUCUUCGUUUUAUUGGUCUCUGGCCAGAUUAUUCCUACGUAAUAGCUCAUCGUUUCUUAUGGAUAAUAACAAUGUCUUUAACUCUUAUCUUUCAAUAUUGGUACGUCAUUGUAAAUUUGAAAUCCGACGAUUUGCCAGAUCUUAUGGAUUGCUUGAGUAUAACAAUGUCGAAUACCGUGUUUUUCAUUAAGUUAAUUAUACUCUGGAUGAAAAAUCGUGUCUUCGAUGAUAUUUUGAAAAUGAUGAUCAAUGAUUGGUUGGAUUCCAUUGAUAAAAAGGAAAAUCAUGAAACGAUGUCUAAUAGGGUGAAACUGUCACAACGUUACUCGAGUUUCUUCGUUAGUUCUUAUUCGAUAGGGGUUACUUUUUUCUUAUCUUUCGCAUUGUUCACCCAAGAAAGACAGCUUAUAUUAAAGAUGGAAUUACCAUUCGAUACUACGAAAUCACCGAUCUACGAAUUGAUCAAUGUAAUUCAAUUCAUUCAAGAAUUUAUGGCAGCUUCGAUGUCAAGUAUGUUAAGUGCAUUACUUGUCACCUUGAUACUACACGUUGAUGGUCAAGUUGAGAUAAUAUGUCGUCAAUUAUCAAAUAUAUCGUCGAUCAUUCGAAAAGGCGAAUACGAUAGUGAGAUAUUAAAAAUAUUGAUAUACAAACAUCAAAAGAUCAUUGCUUUUACGGAUAAUAUUGAAAAUAUAUUCACGUAUAUAGCACUGAUUCAAUUCUUAUCGAAUACACUUGUUAUUUGUUCCCUCGGAUUUAUGAUAGUUACGUCUUUAGAUUCCGAUCAAAGAAACGUAAUCUUAGCAAAAACUGUACCUUAUUACGUUCUAGCAAAUCUUGAAGCAUUUGCACUUUGUUACGCCGGUGAAUAUCUAAGUUCUAAGAGCACAGAUAUCGAGAAAGCAGCUUAUCAUUUGAAUUGGUACGAAUUGGAUCCAAGUGAUAGUCGAUUUAUAUUGGUUUUAAUGAUCAGAUCACAAAAACGAUUUGUCAUAACUACUGGAAAAUUUAUGAAUUUAUCAUUGGAAGUGUUUGCAAGCAUGUUAAAGGCAUCUGGAUCAUACGUGUCGGUUCUUUAUGCGAUGUAUUAAAGAUUCAUUUUAAUUAUAAAUAACAUCUUUCACGACUAUAUUUUAAUAUUGAGUUAUACUCAGUAAUAUUGAGUAUAACUCUAAUCUAAAUUACGAAUGCUUAUUAUUAAUAAUUAUUAUAUAUUUAUAAUUAUGAUUUGUUUCUUUUUUUUAUUUACUUAUUUUUAUUUUUAUCAAAUUAUUAUUAAUUACGACUACGAUAGAAUUAAUGAACGUUGAACUU